CCUUUUAAAGGAUAUUUACCCCUACUGUGUCUCUUUUGUGACCCUCUUGCAUGACAGACAUCAAACUUGGUACACUGGUACAUCUUCAGGAGUAGAUGACCCUUAUUGAUUUUGAAGUCACCUGGUCAAAGGUCAAGAGUUAAACUGGACAUAGGAAUAUACUAUUGAUUUUGAGAUCAAGGGCCAAUUUACUCCGGACAUAGGAAGAUGUUGUCCACUCAAUAUUUACUAAAUGAUACAUGUGUAUAACCCUUUUCAAUUUUGCACCACGGGGGCAUAAUAUGUUUCUGUAUCAUUUCUUGUUGGAGGGAGGGGGGGGGGGCUAUUUAUUUUCACAUGACAUUUUCAUUCUUCAAAGUUAUUUCCUGAUAUUAAAGUAAAAGGAAGAAGCUAAUAGGAAGCAUAAUAAUAAAGUGUAUUGUGUGUAUUCCAACUAAUGUCCUGAAGGGGGGGGGGAAGUUUAUCGAAUACUUUUGAAAUAUUUGUUCUGGGUGAUUGACUAGUUUUUCGGGAAAUGGUUCACGAUAACCAAAAUACUCCAGAUUUUCACACAAACUGUGACAAAGUUUUGAGAUUUAUAGCACACACUAAGUUUGGGUCCAGUUCUAAGAACUAAGUAAUUUGUGAAGAGCCACUUCUAAACGGGGGAAAUAAACACAUCAUUUACCACAUGCAAUAUAACUACAAGCCUCUUCUAAUAAGGGGAUACUUGAAGCGAUUUUGUUUUUCAGAGAACUUAUGAAUCCUUAUGUAUAAUAGGUAUUAUACUAUUGUAAAGUUUUGGAGCAAUGUAAUAGGUGGCGAAAUUUUUUUAUUAAUAAAUGUACAUUGUGAAAAAUAUGGAUGUAGAUAUUAGGCUUAUGGUGUCAAGAAAAUUUUAAUAGAUCUUGGAUUCAAUGACAAUUUGGAUCAAUAAAAAAAUUGACAAGCAUAUGUUACAAAUUGUACAACAAAGAAUUUUUUAUCAAGCUAAGCAAGAUUUUUUUUAAAAUUGAAAAUUCAAAUUGUUCAUAUUGAUGGGUUAUAUCUUAAAAUCAAUUCCUGUAAAGUUGUAAAAGUGUAUACCUAAAAUGUGAUUAUCCUCACACCAUUUAGCCAUGGAAACGAGCAGAUAUUCCAAUACAAUCAGAGCAAAUAGAAACAGGCAGAUAUUCCAAUACAAUCAGAGCAAAUAGAUGCUGUACUUUUUGUGUGAAUAAUAUUGAAGAUGAAUACCAUUUUAUAUUAGUUUGUCCUGUAUAUACAGAAUUACGGAAAUUAUUAUUAAGGAAUAUUUCUUAUUUUAAAAAACCCAUCAAAGUUUAAAUUGAUAUAGUUGUUUAACAUGGGAAUGUAACCUUGGAAAAUUUAUAUCCAAUAGUAUGACACUGCAAGAGAUGAUUCAGUAUUUGUAACUACAUGUAUGUACCUACUUGUAUUUGUUCUCCAGUAAAUGUACCACUGACGUGUUUAAAUUGUUUAUAUUAUUGUAUACUGAUGAGUUUUAAACCUGAAAGUAAUAACGAACUUGAACUUGGAUCAUUAUAGAUCAUGUGCAUACAGUUAAGGUUGAAAUCAUAUAUAAGUUCAAAGUCGGUUUGAGAGAGAGAGAGAGAGAGAGAGAUGAUAGAACUGUUAAUUAAGUGGGGACAGUUUCUAACCAUUUGACCUACGUUAUGGGGUCAGAAAUGCACUCUGAAGACAAAAAUUUCGUCCUUACAGUUUCGAUCCCUAAAUGACUUUAUGUGACUCACAAAAUGUUAGAGUAACCUAUUACAGGUGUCUUUGCCUCUACCAUAACACAUCUGUAUUAUGUCCUAGAUUUUGUAAUGUAGUCCUCCACAACAGGAUUUAUCCACGAGAGAGAGAGAGAGAGAGAGAGAGAGAGAGAGAGUAAAAGAUGCAAAGUGAGGACAAAUUUCAACCAAUGGACAGAAGUUGUGAGGACAGAAUUGCACUAUGAGUACAAAUACAUGUCCUCUUAAAUGUGACCUACAGUAUGGGAAAGAUGUAGAUACAAAAUAUUAGCUUAGUGAGGACAAGUGGUGUGAGGACAUGUCCUUGCUGAUAUUCUCUCUCAAAAACCUUUUUUCAUAAUUCGGAAGAAAGUAAUAGAUAAACUUUUAUAGGUAUUCUUAUAGCUAUACCUAACAUAGUACUUUAUUGUCUGUGUGUAUUCUCUUCUACACAUUGUGAGGACGUCCUCAAUUAGUACAUGUAGGUUUGGUCGGGGAGAGAGAGAGAGAAAGAGAGAGAGAGAGAGCAAUUAUUCGACUAUCUUUUUCUAUUCAUUGUAUUAAACUUCGUUUUACACUUCUAAGGACUAUGACAAUACUCGAAAUAGAUUAGUACAAUUUAUAUGUACUAGCAGCACACCUGUAACAUUCCGAAAUUAACAACCAAUCACUGGGCAUUUAAAUUUGUCAGUCUAAAUAUAGAACGGGGCAACACAGGUAUAUAACAGCACAACCCUGACAGCGGUUAGCAAUUGCAUAAACAAACCCUCAGAUGUCUUUGUGCUGCCGGCGUCCUAAGAAAAACCUUACAGAUAUCGGAAUGGCGGAAGUCAGAAAGAAAUUAGUGAUAGUGGGAGACGGUUCUACGGGUAAGACGUGUCUCUUGAUGGUGUUCAGUCGGGACCAGUUCCCCGAUGUCUACAUUCCUACCGUGUUUGAAACAUACGUUGCGGACAUCGAAGUGGACAAUAAGCAAGUGGAACUAGCCCUUUGGGACACGGCGGGGCAGGAGGACUAUGACAGGCUCCGCCCUCUGUCCUACCCAGAUACUGACGUCAUACUGAUGUGUUACUCUGUAGAUAACCCCGACAGUCUGGUCAAUAUCCGCGAAAAGUGGACCCCUGAGGUCAGACAUUUCUGUCCAAACGUCCCCGUCGUUCUUGUGGCGAACAAAAAAGACACACGAAAUGACCCAGAAGUACUAAAAGAACUAGAACUAGAGAAGAAGGAGCCGGUGAAGGUUCAGGAAGGACAGGCUAUUGCUGAUCAGAUUCGCGCUUUCGCGUUUUUGGAAUGUUCAGCGAAAACCCAGGAGGGAGUUCGAAAAGUGUUCGAGACGGCCACACGAGCGGCACUACAAGUUCGGAAGAAACGGAAAAUUCGAAAGUGUAAAAUUUUUUGACAAAAAAACCAAGUGUUUACAACUAUUGAGAACACAGGACUUUGAUGGUAUAAAGAAGAAAAUUGCAGCAAUUCUGUGAUAUUUUUAUCAAUACAAACUUCAAUGUGUUCAUUCUCACAAAAGUACAUCGCAGGGACUUAUGUAGAAAAAUCAAGACCUCGCCCCUCUCUCUAAGAAAAAUAACUUUUUUCAUAGGGGAUGUCUAGAUUUUUCUCCACAAGUUCCUGUGUUCACGUACAUGGUGCAAUUUCAUGGUUAUGUGUGUGUGACUUGUAUGCUUAAAUGUUAAUUUUUGAAUGGUAUGUUUUCUGAGUGACUGAGUAUUUAUUUCAGAAAGUACGUAUGCAUAUGUUUAUUAUAUGUUAUGUAACAUUUGAAUGUUUUAUGUGAAAAUAAUUAAAUGAACAUGAAUUUUAA